UACAGUGAACAGCACACACACGGCGGGUUCUGUUGAACUGUACACAAUAACAUGGCGACUGUCGUGUGAGUGAGAAUUUGUGAGCUCUGUUGUCAUGUUUCUACACGGAAGAACACACAUUUUGGGAACAAGAUAUUUACACAAGCAACUGGUUUUGGUUUUCUGAAGCCUAUGUCUGUGUAGGAACUUUAUUCAGUCCUUCUGCCAUGGGGAAGAACUCCAGUAAGCUGAGCACUACGGAAAUAAAGGUGUUGCAAGAAUGCACUUAUUUUGACAAGAAAGAAUUACAGCAAUGGCACCGAGACUUCAUGAAAGACUGCCCCAGUGGAGCCCUUAGAAAAGAAGAAUUCCAGACGAUAUACCAACAAUUCUUCCCCAAUGGGGACCCUUCCAAGUUUGCCAGUUUUGUCUUCAACGUAUUUGAUGCGGAUAAGGAUGGCUACAUUUCCUUCAAAGAAUUCAUCUGUGCCUUAUCUGUCACAUCCAGAGGGACGCUCGAUGAGAAGUUAGACUGGGCAUUUAACUUGUAUGACUUGGAUCAGGAUGGUUUCAUCACUAAGCAAGAGAUGCUCGAUAUCGUAGAUGCAAUUUAUAAGAUGGUGGGUAACAUGCUUGAUCUUCCGCAAGAUGAAGACACACCAGAGAAGAGAGUCAAUAAAAUAUUCGGCCAGAUGGAUUCGAAUAAAGACGGCAAGCUGACAAAAGAAGAGUUCCGAGAAGGCUCCAAAUGCGACCCCUGGAUCGUUCAAGCUCUCUCGCUAGAAAUUCCACAGUGACCCAGGUUAAGGGUUAAAGCCUGACUCAAGGUCGUAGGAAGAAGAGGCAGCUCUUUUUGUACAAAAGAAUAAUCUAUACAUUUCCAGAGUCUUCUUCCAUCAUUGGGAUGUGGUCUGAUUUCUGCCUCCUUGGUUAAUGGUGCAUGAAAUGAGACAGGGUGGUACUCAGGUCAUCUUUGACCUAUGAUAGAAAGAGGUCACAUGCUCCAUUCGUUUAAAAGGAACUCCUGGACAGAAAUAACUCCAAAGGUUUCAGAAACAUUCUAAAUUUUCUGGAAAACGGAAUGAUCACCAAGUGAUAUACAAGUGUAUUACGCAUAGUAAGACACAUAACUCCAAAUAUAAAAAUGGUUCUAAACGAAAACGAAAAUUACAAAAACAUGUUGUGCCCACCGAUCAAUUUAACAAAUGAGACUGGGUAAUUACCUCACUUCCCACCCAAUCCCCUUAUUCAAGAUACACGAAAGUGAAAUGAAAAUCUGGUGCAGUGUUGUUUGAUAUUGAUUUUACAUAAAGAAUUUCUGAAAACAAAUUUAGUGGCAACCUCUCUAUCUCUGAACUCCAAAUGACCCUUCUAAGCCAUUAGACUGCUUGUAAUUCUAUACAGCAUCCAUGGACUGGGUGUUUGGAUGUUCUAGUUGCUACAUUGCCAGCAACAAGGAGCAAGUUCAAGUGUGCACCAUGGUUAACUAAAGGUUCUGUAUUUUGACUCGAACCCAGGCUGUUUGACCAAUGGUUGACUACUGUGGUUGACCAUUUGGAACCAGCCCCAGGACCAUGGUUUCUUCCAUGUUCUCGAUAGCCUGUUUCAUGCUAAUGACAGACUUUGAGGCGCUAGGUGGCAGCAGAC